CCAGGCUCAGGCUUGGAAAAAACCAGCCAUCACCAUUGAGCCCAGCAGCUGGAGCGGCAGUGAGAGCCCUGCCGAGGACAUUGAAAGGAUGAGUGAUUCUGCAGACAAGCCAAUUGACAAUGAUGCAGAAGGUGUCUGGAGCCCAGAUAUAGAGCAGAGCUUUCAGGAGGCUCUAGCUAUAUACCCCCCUUGUGGGAGGAGGAAAAUCAUCUUGUCUGAUGAAGGGAAAAUGUAUGGUAGGAAUGAACUGAUAGCCAGAUACAUCAAACUUAGAACAGGAAAGACACGGACCAGGAAACAGGUGUCUAGUCACAUACAGGUCUUAGCCAGGAAGAAAGUUCGAGAAAUUCAAGCCGCCAUUAAGGUGUCUAGUCACAUUCAGGUUCUUGCCAGAAGGAAAUCUCGUGAUUUUCAUUCCAAGCUAAAGGAUCAGACUGCAAAGGACAAAGCCCUGCAGCACAUGGCAGCCAUGUCAUCCGCUCAAAUAGUAUCUGCAACAGCGAUUCACAAUAAGUUGGGCCUGCCAGGAAUUCCCCGUCCUACAUUUCCUGGAGCACCUGGAUUUUGGCCUGGAAUGAUACAAACAGGGCAGCCAGGAUCUUCACAAGACAUAAAGCCAUUUGUUCAGCAGGCCUAUCCCAUACAGCCAACAGUUGCAACUCCUAUUUCAGGGUUUGAACCUGCAUCAGCUCCAGCGCCCUCAGUUCCUGCUUGGCAAGGUCGAUCUAUUGGAACAACUAAACUCAGACUGGUGGAAUUCUCAGCUUUUCUUGAACAACAGAGAGACCCAGAAUCGUACAACAAACAUCUCUUUGUGCACAUUGGACAUGCCAACCAUUCUUACAGUGAUCCAUUGCUGGAAUCGGUGGACAUUCGUCAGAUUUAUGAUAAAUUUCCUGAAAAGAAGGGUGGUUUGAAGGAAUUGUUUGGGAAAGGGCCCCAGAAUGCCUUCUUCCUAGUAAAAUUUUGGGCGGACUUAAAUUGCAACAUUCAAGAUGAUACAGGAGCAUUCUAUGGUGUCACUAGUCAGUACGAAAGCUCAGAAAAUAUGACAAUCACCUGUUCCACCAAAGUCUGCUCGUUUGGGAAGCAAGUAGUAGAAAAAGUAGAGACUGAAUAUGCACGGUUUGAGAAUGGCCGGUUUGUGUAUAGAAUAAACCGUUCUCCGAUGUGUGAAUAUAUGAUCAAUUUCAUCCACAAGCUCAAGCAUUUGCCAGAGAAAUAUAUGAUGAACAGUGUGCUGGAAAACUUUACAAUUUUGUUGGUUGUAACGAACAGGGACACGCAAGAAACCCUACUUUGCAUGGCUUGUGUAUUUGAAGUUUCAAACAGCGAACAUGGCGCACAACAUCACAUCUACAGGCUCGUAAAGGACUGAGCAGUUAUUUAUAGACACAUUUCAUUUAUAGCUCCUUAUCGAAACACAGACUGUCAACCUCAACGUGACGUGGCAGUUCCUCUGGCUGAGCUUUCCCCUACAUUUUUCUAAAUCUCAUUUGAGUGUGCUCAUACAUCGUAGCUGUGAAAUUCUGGUACAGUUGUACAAAUUCUUUUUAAAACAAAGUGUUCUUCAGAUUU